CAGGGACUAGUAAUAAAUUUCGCCGGCUUGGUUGCAUGUCGAUUUCUUAUCGGUCUAUUCGAAGCAGGACUCUUUCCAGGCUGUAUAUAUCUUAUAUCCAUGUACUACGAGCGCUACCAGUUGCAAUGGAGACUUAUCAUGUUCUUCUCUGCUAGUAUCAUAGCCGGGGGCUUAGGUGGCACCUUCAAUCUUACUCAAGCGCGGAACAACUUCUUGCCUACGGAAUUGCAAACAUGGGUGGUAUUGCGGGAUACGAAGCCUGGCGCUAGAUCUUCAUCAUCGAGGGACUGGCCACUACUGUCAUCGGUGGUCUUUCCAAAUUCUGGAUUGUUGACUGGCCUGAGACAGCAAAGUUCCUUACAAAUGAAGAGCGUGCGCUGCUUGUCCAACGGCUUUCCUUGGAUUCUGGCUUAG